GCGCGAGAAAAGUUAUGAUAGCGGAUUUAUAGAGCAGUGAUAAUCUCAGGCAGUAAAUCAAUGCGUCUCAGCUCACACAAAGAAACACACAGAGGAGCUCAGUUUUCCCAGGACUCAGCUCAAAGGCUCACGAGCGUUGAAGCGAAACAGGUAAGGAGAAGAAACCUGUUGAUCUGAUGGAGGGCAGGCCGCACCCGAGAGUUGUCCACAGGAGGAGGGAGACAAUCACAGCUUUGCCUCUGUACCACUAUGGAAACCUGCUGAAGAAAAACCUCAGAGAGAAGGAUUUCAGGAACUUCUACGGAGAGCUCAGAGGAUCAACACUGUUUCUGUACAACAAUGAUACACAAGACACAUAUUCAGAAAGGCUGGACCUGGGGCUGAUAAAGUCCAUGGGCAUAGAGUCUCCUUAUAAAAACAAAGGGCCAACCAUUUUCACCUUAAGCUUGCCCCUGGAGGACGUGCAGUUAAAGAUGGAUAAUGCUGACACAGGAGAGGAAUGGAGAGGCUACAUUAUGACUCUGGUUAAUAAAGAGAUUCCCUCAGACCUUCAGGUGCUGCCUGGUCAGAAAAUGAAGCUGAAGGAGAUGCUGGCUCUGGAAAAGAAAAGAAACCCUCAUCUGCAGCGCCCUGAACUUCCUCCCCGACCGGGCUUCCUGCAGACUAAAGAUACUCCUGACAUGCCUGCUUGUUUUUUCGACGUGACCCGACAGGAGGCUGAAAGGCUGCUCAGUGAGAACCCGGAAAACGGAAACAUCAUCCUCCGCCCGUCCACCAUGCCCAAGAACUACGCCCUGACGCUCAGACAAAAGACCGACAGAGGGCAUGUCCUGAAGAACUACAGGGUGACCUCCACCAACGCUGGCUUUGUGAUCGAACUCGAGACUCCAAUAACAGUCCACUCACUGAACGAUGUACUGAAGUACUUCCUGGAGAAGACAGAGUAUCGCCUUCGUCCCUAUGUUGUAGCUCAACCCUACGAUACUCGGAUUGUGGCUCCUCCUCCGAGAUGUGUCAACGUGUCACCACCUGUGGUCCCCAAAGCUCAGGUGGCCCCCAUGCAGCGAUCCCAGGCCAAAGACAAGCAUCUUCCACCCGUUCCCAGGCCUGAUGAGGGAGAAUAUGUGAUACCAGAAGAACCCAUGAUGGACGAUCAUAUGAUGAUGAAAGCUCUGGUGACUGGUGAGCUUCAGGCAAUUUUACGAAUGAGAAAAGAAAACCUCUACGUGGACACUGGAAUGGACGAAGACUCCACAUACCUGAAUGAAGGUGAAAAAUUCAAAUCAAAGGUCCAGUGGACAACCAACGUCCCCAUGCCAUGAACUUUAACUUUCUGCCUAAUACGUGGCUCAAAGAUUACGGUACAUGUUUUACUGAGUUCUGCCACCAAAAUCCUUUUUUCUAUGGGGAUAUUAAAUGUGUGCAAAAGUUAAAUCGAAAAUAUAUGAGUUCUCAGUUAAUUUUCAGAGAGGCAGAAGUGUGUGGGAAUCUUUGAACUCCUUUCUUCCAACACUGUCCAGAGUUAAAAACAGUAAGCAAACAUAUAAACAGAAGUUUGGGUGAUUUAUUUCCAAAGAAAGUCACUUUACGCUUGAUGACAAAGACUUGUCAGCUACUUGUUUUAAAUAAAUGAAGUUGUGUAAUUAGAUUUUUUUUUCCAAAUUAGGGAAAUUUGGUCAAACACUAUAGAAGUCUCCAAGUCACACCUGCAAUCCAGUCAGAAAACCAGUGAAGGAGUAACAAUAUUUGCUAAAAAGAAAUAAUCUAAAAUUUGGUGCUUCUGAGGUUUUUUGAUAGGAACUUUAACUUCACACCAAACUAAGAAAGACUAUGUUUUAUUGUGAUCAGAGGGUUUUGCACGAUUCUAAGGGAGACAAUGUUUUUCAGAAGCACGUGUUAAUAUUCAACUUAUUUGUUGCAUUUUAUCAAUGCACUCUAUACUGUUUACAUAUCCCUCCAUAAAGCCGAUAAUGUCUGGAUUUGAUGCCAUUUCAUUAAGAAAAGCCUCCUGUGUCAAAAUGACUAGAAAACUGACAAGCUAACUGUAGAAGACUGAAAUAGCAGUUACUUCUUCUUUAAAGGUUUAAGGAAGUGUAAAUUUUUAAACGUACUGUGUUUUGCACCACCAGCCCUCCAUACUUUUGUAGCUUUAUCAUUAAAAGUAUUUUCUGAAACGGUUCCCUUAUGUCAUGAAGGGAUUGUCGGCUAGCAGUACCUACACCGAGCUCAAGACGAUCCAGAAUCUUCUGUCAUUCCACGGUGGUGGAAUGAGCUACGAACCGCGACCAGAACACGGGCGACCCUAACUUCAACAAACCCUAACGAUCCCAGCUCGCUACACUUAGAAAGUGUAGCGAGUAUAAUAGGCUAUAUUAACUAACCUGCCGUUGGCUACUAGUAGCCUGCUAGCAGUAGCCAACUACUGUUAGCUUUGACAUUAGCUGCAUUAUGUUAUAUCCUCAUGUGUCGGUGACUUCUGCCAAAUGCAUUUAUGUAAAAUGUGAUUUUGUUUCACAACUCACCGUUGACACUCCCAAAAAAAAACAAAAAACAUUUUUACAUGUGACAAUAAUUUGCCAAAACCAUCUUAUUGUGAACAUCGGCAGAUUUCCUGUUUAGAAAGCUGGUAAUC